CUGCGGAAUUGAGUGGAAAUGUGAAAUGCAGAGAUUUUGGAGUGAGUAAACUUAUCUUGUUCGUUAUGAAUUCCCAAAUGGCUUUCCCGCAAAGUUGUAGAACUCCCCCAAUGGCUCGCUUUGCCUCUGAUUCCAUCACUCUCCACCGAAUCCCUCUCUGCUUCCGUAUCCCUCACCCUCUCCUUCAUCCUUCCGCCGCCCGGUUUCCAACUUCCCGCCGCCAAUUUUCACCGCUAGCUUGCCAAACGCUUCCUAACUCCGACACUUCCUCCGCUCCGGAAAAAUCGUCGGACGGUCCUGAAACAGCCGGUGACACCACUGGCCAACCCGCUAGUUCUUCAAGUAAUCAGGGCUUUCCAGAGUUUCCCAAUAAAGAUAUCAAUAGACGAGUUGCAGUCAUUUCUACCGUUUCUGCACUGGCACUUUUCUCGUCUAGUCGAUUGGAUUUUGGAGUUUCUUUGAAGGACUUAGCUGCGGUGGCUUUGCCUUAUGAAGAGGCUCUCUCAAAUGGGAAGCCUACUGUUGUGGAGUUCUAUGCAGAUUGGUGUGAAGUUUGUAGGGAAUUGGCUCCAGAUGUAUACAAAGUUGAGCAGCAGUUCAAGGACCGUGUAAAUUUUGUAAUGCUUAAUGUUGAUAAUACAAAGUGGGAGCAGGAGCUUGAUGAGUUUGGUGUUGAGGGUAUUCCACAUUUUGCUUUUUUAGACAAACAGGGGAAUGAAGAGGGCAAUGUAGUUGGCCGACUUCCAAGACAAUAUCUGCUCGAGAAUGUAGACGCUCUUGCUCGUGGAGAAGCAUCAAUACCUCAUGCCCGUGUCGUGGGACAGUUUUCAAGUGCUGAAGCAAGAAAAGUGCACCAAAUUUCUGAUCCAAGAAGUCAUGGGUAGAUUCUCUUCCUUUCUUUGAAGCAUUAGGUCAAGUUGUUAAUUCAAAUACUCUCUGAUAGAUAUUCCAGAUGUAGCUAGUCCAUCUCAUACCAUAUAUCCAAUUGUUUCUUGUAUUAUGGACAUAAUUUCUCCUCUUGAUAGUAAAUAAGUCUUUAUUUCU